GUACCUGGGUGCUUCAGGACCACCCAGAGCUUCAAACCCAGCUGGCCAGCCUGCGUGGGCAGAAGCAGCCUCCCAGCACCCUCCAGCGACUCUUCGGCUGCUCCUCCUCCCUCUGGCUCCUCCCCCAACCUUCCCCUCCCCUAGAUCCCGCUGCCGCGUUUUCCCGCUUCCCCAGCAGCCGGGGCCACCGCAGCAGCAGCAGCAGCAGCAGCAGCAGCAGCAGCAGCAGCAGCAGCAGAGACAGCGGCAGCGACAGUAGCAGCAGUCUGCGUCGCGGUCGCUUUCUUCUUCUCCAGCGCGCUCCCCACUCCCGGUGCGUCACCAUGCCCAACAUCGUGCUCUUCAGCGGCAGUUCUCACCAGGACCUGUCGCAACGCGUGGCCGAUCGCCUGGGCCUGGAGCUAGGCAAGGUGGUCACCAAGAAGUUUAGCAACCAGGAGACCAGCGUCGAGAUUGGUGAAAGUGUGAGAGGGGAAGAUGUCUAUAUCAUCCAGAGCGGCUGUGGGGAAAUUAAUGACAACCUGAUGGAACUACUCAUCAUGAUCAACGCCUGCAAGAUUGCAUCCUCAUCCAGGGUAACAGCUGUGAUACCCUGCUUCCCCUACGCCCGGCAAGAUAAAAAGGACAAGAGUCGUGCUCCAAUUUCUGCUAAACUUGUGGCCAAUAUGCUGUCAGUCGCUGGGGCUGAUCACAUCAUUACCAUGGACCUGCAUGCCUCUCAGAUCCAGGGAUUCUUUGAUAUUCCUGUGGAUAAUUUAUAUGCAGAACCUGCAGUUCUUCAGUGGAUUCGGGAGAACAUCACUGAAUGGAGAAACUGUAUUAUUGUUUCUCCAGAUGCUGGAGGAGCCAAAAGGGUUACAUCAAUUGCAGACAGACUGAAUGUGGAAUUUGCUUUGAUUCACAAAGAGAGAAAGAAAGCAAAUGAAGUGGACCGGAUGGUUCUCGUGGGUGAUGUGAAGGACCGUGUGGCCAUCCUGGUGGACGACAUGGCUGAUACAUGUGGUACCAUCUGCCAUGCUGCAGAUAAGUUACUCUCAGCUGGUGCCACCAAAGUUUAUGCCAUCCUUACCCAUGGAAUCUUCUCUGGGCCAGCUAUUUCCAGAAUAAAUAAUGCUGCCUUUGAAGCUGUUGUUGUCACCAACACAAUUCCACAAGAGGACAAAAUGAAACACUGCUCAAAAAUUCAGGUGAUUGACAUUUCAAUGAUCCUGGCUGAGGCCAUUCGAAGAACCCACAAUGGGGAAUCUGUGUCCUAUCUGUUCAGCCACGUCCCACUGUAGUCUGGAUUGGAAUAUUGAAGGUGGAGCAAGCCGCCUCCAACUUCUUACUGUCUUUGUCUGCCUGCUGUUUUAGCAUUAGGACUCAGCAAUUCUAGGAUGAUCACUGGCAAAAGCAUCUGAUCUAUGUACACUCUGAGAGUCCUCUGUCUCUCCUAAAGCUCAAGACUACUACUUUCCAGUUCUGGGGGAGGGCAGAGGAAGGUGGUGGUUAUUUGGUCUUUAAAUGAACUGAUAUCAAUGAGAAAUAAUCUUUUCCCUCAUUCUUUUUUAGUACUUUGAGGCAACAACUUUUAAGCCUAAAAUCCUAUUGUGGAAAUUUGUCAUACAUAUAUUUUGAGGUUGCCAAAAGUGACUUCAAAUGAAAGCCUUCUGUGUAAAUAUAUAAUAAUGCUUGUGGGUAUUUGGGAAAAAUUCUAAAUAGCCUUUACUUCAGAGAGAACCAUGAAAGAUUUAUACUAUCAUGAAUUUUGAAAAAAAUUUUUUAAUGAUAACUGGGUUUAUUUUAUUGCCCUUUAUCAGAACUCAAUUUUAUUGAGCCUAAGGUAGUCACUGACAUACUGGCUUUUCUUAGUAGAUAUUAGACAUAUUGAAGACAAUAUAAGGUUGUAUCAUUUUUAAUUGCCACUUUGAAGAUAUGUCAUAACUGUCAACUUACCUGAAACUCUCAAAUUAUGAUCAGUAAUCACUGUAAUUUGGAUACCAUUUCAGGAUGUAGUCAGUGAGUUUGUGGCCACAUUGAUGUACAACUUUGUUUCUCGCAGGGGAAUUACUCUUUAGGAUGCAACUCCUCUUCAUGCAUUUUCCCCCAUAAUUUCUUGUUGUAGAUGUCUACCAAAAGAAAGACUCCUUGAAGUCUCCUCUCAUUUUUAGGCUGAUCAUCAUUUUAUUUUUUUACAUACAUAAAAUGGGGAAGUUUUAAGGGUGCCACCAAAUGUUCUUAUUCAAACCCUGCAUAAUUGACCUUGAGUUAAGUGUUCUUUGGCCCUAUGUCAUCAGAAGUACUAAACCUCUAAUAGUUAUCAUCUCUAAAGCUCCUAAAAUGUAGAUAGGAGAGGGUUUCGAAACAGUGGAUGCAAAAGUAAAUAGGUGUUCCAUUAAAAUAAACUUCGAAGAAAUGGUUCAAAAGCAUUGUGAAGAAGAAUCUCACUAGGGAUGGCAUUCUUGAUAAAACGAUCUUUUAGUGAAGUGUGGAGGUAUGUGACCAUUAUCCCAGCACUAUAUCACAAGUUUAAAGGCCAGCCUAGACUACACAGUGAGUUCCAGCUCAGCUUGGGCUGCAGAGUUGAAAUUGUGUGUCAUAAAACUAAAACAGACCAAAAAAGGCAGUUCUAUAGCAUCAGUAAAAGUGGACAGCCUAUCAUUUUGCUUCUCACAAAGAGGAGGAUUUGCCUGUGUACCUAAGUCUUAGGAAUACUAAAAAAAAAAAAGUCCCCCCCCUUGCUAAGUAUUAUAGAUAAAUUCCCAGCCCUAAAUUCUGCAGGUAAAAAAAUCCUAUCCAUCUGAGUAGCACACUCAACCAGAACUUUCGAACAUGAGAAGUCAGAGGAGCAGAAGUCAAAUCAAUGUUACAAAGUACAAUUCAUGUUAUUACAGAAACUGGCAUUUUGAUAAUACCUUAUUUGUAACUGUUCUGAAGAAAGUGGUCCCCAUCACCUGGGAUGUUCUGUGGUACAGUCUGCCUGUGCAGUCUUGGCUAGACAUGUGUCAAAACUUAUUUGAUUUGAUGCAACUGUUACUUUUGAUAAAUGUGUGAUGUCUGUAUUUCUUGUGUUUUUUGGCUGUGACAAAGACAUCCUUGUGCACACCCACAUGGAGAUAGCUCUGUGUGUGUGUGUGUGUGUGUGUGUGUGUGUGUGUGCACGCGCGUGUGUGUAUACAUGUCCCAAAUUGUUGGCAUGACAAAAGCCAGUUGCUAAUCAUUUAAUCUAAGAUAUUUAAAGCUUAAUGUGUACAGUGGAUCUUAAAAUAAUAAUCUUAAGAUUUAAAACCCUGCCAGAAAAAUCUACCUGGCUGUCCUCUGAAUUUAAGAACCAAUGGUUUCUGUCCUUAUGUGGCCUGAGUUAGUAUUUUACAGUACUUCUGAAUAUAUUUGUGAACUAAGUAGACUGGACUGAGCCUUAGACAGUGGAAAUACCGUUUUAAAUAUUGAUGGUUUCAGUUUGGCUAAAAUGACAAAGGCUGCCUUAUGAGCAGCCUUUCAUAUUCAGAACUUCCAUGUUCCUUGCUGCUUGUGGUAAAGAAAUGUAACGGGAAUCACCAAAUAGAUCAGCUCUCUCCAACUGUAUGGAAGCAGAGUAUGUUAGGCAUAUCUAGCCAAAAAGGGGAGCCAGGAAAAUGUGAAUAUACAAAAGUUGUUUCGCCUCCACCUAAAUUGUAUUAGUCAACUGAUAGCUGUUCAUAUCCUAACUUUCCUUUGUUAGAUACAAUGUCGACUAAAUUCAGGAAUAUAUUCCUUGCAGUGCUUGCCCUGGUUUUAGAGACUAGAGAAUUUUGAGAUCCAGUGCUGUUUACUAAGACAUUUCAAUAAAAUCAUGCUGACUACUUUG